GCAUUUAAACGGCUAAUAUGGGCGUGAUUCGGUCGCGGAGGCCGCUGCAGGAGGAAGGAGCGCUGUAGGCACACUCUCUCUCAGUCAGUCACUCGGAGUGCUGCUGGAGGUCCUUUCAGUUUCGCCUUCGGAAAAAAACUAUAUACACCAUCAUCGACCGGUUUCCGUCAUCUCCCUUCCCGUCUGGAAGCCUUCCACCCUUGCCUGGUGUUCCCACUCAUCGCGCGGACUCAAAAUCAAGAGUUGAUCCGAGGAGAAAUCCCCCGAGUGCGGCGUGGUUCGUUUUUUUCUUUUCCCCCGGACAGCAGCGGAAGCAUCAGCAGCGGCAUCGGCACAACAAUGGCCCUGAAGAGAAUUCACAAGGAGCUGCACGAUUUGGGCCGUGAUCCCCCAGCCCAGUGCUCAGCAGGACCAGUAGGGGAUGACAUGUUUCAUUGGCAGGCCACAAUAAUGGGACCAAACGACAGUCCUUAUCAGGGUGGUGUGUUCUUCUUGACCAUUCACUUCCCCACAGAUUACCCCUUCAAACCGCCAAAGGUUGCAUUCACCACACGAAUUUACCACCCAAAUAUCAACAGCAAUGGCAGCAUCUGUCUGGAUAUUCUACGGUCUCAGUGGUCUCCUGCACUCACCAUCUCCAAAGUCCUGUUGUCUAUCUGCUCUCUGCUGUGCGACCCCAAUCCGGACGACCCCUUAGUACCCGAGAUCGCCCGCAUCUACAAGACCGACAGGGAAAAGUACAACAGAAUAGCUCGGGAAUGGACACAAAAGUAUGCAAUGUAGUUUUGGAGUUCUAUUCACGGCGGGAUACGAGGAAAAAAAAAAUUUACACCUCUCCGUCUUAAGGUUAGGGGAGAUCUGAAAGUUUAAGAGAUAAAAAAAUAAUAAGAAAAAAAAAGAUUAAGAAAAAAACACAAAAAAAAAAAACAGAUCUUGUUGGUUUUCCAUUGGAGUGCUUUCUCUAAGCCACACUUCCCCUCACCAGAGCACCUGCCCCAUGCCCUAUUCCCUUCCUUUUACCCCAGUCCCCCAACUCAACCCAUACACCCCAACCUCCCCUCAUAGCCAUGGUGUACAUACUUUCAGACUUUGAGUCCAGUUCCAGCUCAUUUGUUCUCAACUAUCCUACCAUCAUGAUCAUCUUGAACACCCCCCACCUGCUUUAACGUCUCCGUUGCUGUGGUGACUUGCCUGCUGCUUAGGGUCAGCCAGAUUGUUUAUUAUUUUAUUUUUUUUCGCAGAUGAACAUGUCCACGGCUCGGGGAAAAAAAAAAGCGUUCCUUGUUAUUAAAACACUGGGGAGGGAGGGCUUUUUUUUUUGUGAUACAGUAGAGAUAUAUUUUUUCCCUCACCCCCAUUUUUUUCCCCCAUUUCCUGGGUUUCAAACUGUAUUGGAUCAGGAAAAAAGGGUUUUCUUUCUUUUGUGUGUUUUCCAUUCGGCAGAGGAGGGAGGGGUGUUUGCAGGCUAUCUUUUUGUAUAAAAUCUAUAAGGAGUUCUUUUAGAAUCAUAGCAGGUUAUUAACUGAACAAUGUUCGAUCACUCUGGUCCUCUCUUGUGAAUCAUUCUAAAGGACUUGAAUACUAUGAAUAUAUAUAUAUAUUUUUUGUUUCCUUUUCCAUUCGCCAUAACCAAGACUGUCUCUACUCCUUCCCUUAGCCACGAGCAACUUCACAUACAUUCACACCUUUUUGGAGGAUUUUGGUCCGGUUAUUUAAAAACUAGAUAAGCAUGUGUUUAGGGUAUUAUUUUUUUUUUUUUCCCCUCCCCCCCUACCCCAUUCCCUUGUAACUCUUAGUUCCAUUUUUAGAUGCAUUAUUUCUCCUCUUGCUCUUGAUGAAAUUAGAUGCUAACAUGGCUGAGACAGACUUGAUUGGGUCCCUGGGUAAGAGGACACAAACUCCUCACAGACAAACUUCUGUAUAUUUAAUUUCCUGACAGGCUCUUUGAGCUUUGUGUGUUGAUUAAAAACUGUGUAAUAAAAUGAUUACUAAAGUCUGA